UCAACGACCUCAACGACCCCGGAACCUUCAACGACCUCAACCCCUGGAAUAGUGACCAAGCACGCCAUGUUCUCUUGGUCUGAUGCAAAUGCCUUCUGUGUGGGACUCGGAGGCAAGCUCUACACGCCCAAGAGCGGCGAAGAAGCGAUGGACCUCUCCCUCAAACACGGAAGUAUCUGGACGGAGCUAACAGACUUCGACGAGGACGGAAUUUAUACUGACUUCGACGGGCAGCCUUCCAACCCGGAUUUCUGGUGUUCGGGGGAGCCUUACCCGGCAACGGACCUCUGCGCCUACAUCAGGUCGUCAGGCUGCCUGGCCAACCGCCCUUGCUACAUCGCCACCACGACCCUGUGCGUCAGUCUCUAG